AUGCUCCAGACACGUCUAGAAAAUGAACAGUUUAAUACGUUACCAAAUAUUUAUCCAAAGAGUCAAUCUCAAAAUAGUUUUCUCAGUAAUGAUCGACCUGAUUCUUCACAACUUGUUGAUUUGCAUAUAUAUGUUAUACCAACAUCUGUAUGGAAAAAUAUUCAACAUUUCGCACAAAAUGAAGCAAUGGAUGAAGCUAGAUCUGCUGGUUUUGUUCGAGUACCACCGGAUAUGAAAUUAUAUAAUCUACGACAAGCAAUUGAGAAAUUAUGUCGUACAGAAAAUUAUUUUCCACGAGAUUUUAUUUUUCUUCGAUCUGUUGGAAGAGGUUUAACAAGAGUUAAACUAACACAAGAAAAUGAAUUAAAAGUUAAGAACUAUCGUCCACCUCAGACAUCUGCGCCUGAGAUUUAUCUUAUCGAAGGUCGUCAUGAAGAUUAUAGAUAUAUUCCAUCUGCUUCACCAUCACGUUCUUCUGCAAAUUAUUUAUUUGGUAAUCGUUAUCAACAUCGUUUUAAUUUUGCUGAUUAUGGCCCAUCAACAUCAUCAAAACUUUCUCAUACUUAUCAUCGUGAACCAUUAAAUACUGAUGAACAUAAGUUACCAAUAUUACCCAUAAAUACUUCAACAUCUCGUCUUUCAUCAUCCGGAAGAAUUAGUUGGAAAAAAUUCCCACAAGCUGAUUCAGAUUUAGAAGAUUCAACAUCAAUAUCCUCAGUGAGAGUCAAUUAUAGAAGCGUAUUUUCUCGUGGAUCUGGUGUAUCGAAUACUGCAUCAAGAGGAUUAGCUAAAUUACAAGAGGAACAAGAACGACUUCGUCAGCGUCAAGCUGAACUAGAACGAAUGCGUCUAGCAGCUGAAGAAAAAAAACUUCAAUCAGAUCGUAAUCAACAUCAUCGACAAGAGAAAGUACAAUCGGAACAUAAAAAUAAUGAACAACAACGGCAAGAGAAAUUACUAUCUGAACGUAAGGAAAACGAACGUCGUCGUCAAGAAAAAGAAAAAUCUGAACGUGAACAACAAGAACAACGUCGUCGUCAAGAGAAAAUCGAAGCUGAGCACCAACGUAAGUUAAAACAAGAUAAUGCAGCUGCAAAAAUUCAGGCAUCAUUUCGUGGUUUUAAAGAACGACAAGCAUUUCGAGAACGCCAAAUAAAUAUUAUUAAGAAUGAUACUCGAAUAUUAUCAGCAAAUAGUAAUACGAUAAUAAAUGAGAAAAAAAUGGAUAUUAAUGAUGAUGAAUUAUCAGAUGGUGAAAUUUUAUCUCGAUCAUCAUCAAUUGGAUCAACAUCAGGUGACGAUGAUGAUGAUUCGAGUGUAUCUCGACCAAAAACAAGAAUACUAACACGAGAAAGUAUAUCUUCUAAUUCAUCAUCAUUAUUAUCAAUGAAAUCUGAAAGAAAAAUUUCAUCAAAUAUAUCAUCAUAUUCAAAAACAAAAGAUAAUAUUGAUGAUGAUGAGAUUAAUCGAACUGUAACUGUAACUAAAAUACGUCAUCCGACAGAAGAGUUGGUACAGAUAUCAACACCAGAUAUAAAUCAUGAUGAUGAUGAUACGUAUGAAGUAGAACGACGUCAAGCAGAAAUUAGACGUCGUCGACAUCAAGAAGAAGAAAAACGAAAACCUAAAGAUGUAGAAGAACAAGGACAACACGAAUCGCCUCAACGACAACCAAAACAGCAACAACAACAACAACAUCAUGAUGAUCCUGAAUCACUUCGUAAUCAUUUACAAGAAGUACGUAAAAAUUGUGUUGAUCUUAAAAAAACUCGUGAAGAAGCUAUUAGCAAUUUAAAAUCAAUAUAUAGUCGAUUAACAACACGACGAAAAGAAGCUCGUGAUAUGUGGAAGAAAAAAUAUUUUCAAGAAAAAAAAAGAAAUUCACCAAUUGAACAUCGUAUAACUGAAUUAAAUACUGAAUUAGAUAAGAUACAUAAAAAAACUGAAGAAGCAUAUACGAAUGAACCUAAACAUUCAGCAAAAACGAAUCAAUCGAAAGAAACUGAAACCUCUGAAAAUUAUCUUCUACAAAUUACACGUAUUCAGCAUGAAAUGCAAGGUCUCCAUCAACAAAUUGAUCAAUCAAAAUUACGAUUGACAACUGAUAUUAAAUUGCGAAAUCAAGCUGAUAAUGAAUGCCGAGUAUUAAAGCAUGAACUAGAUCAAACUAAAAUUAAUUUCAACAGUAUUAAAAGUCGAAUAGGGAUUUAA